AUGCCAAGGGGCUAUGGUGGCACUGCUAUUUUAUGGAAAAAAGAAUUAGACACUCUUAUAACACCUCUAACCAUAGGAAAUGAGAGGAUACAAGGAAUUGAAAUAUCUGGUGAACCCAAUCUUAUCAUACUUUCUGUAUAUUUGCCUUGUAAAGGUACUUCUGACCAUAUAGAUGAAUUUCAAGACUGCAUAGCUCUUCUAAAUGAAAUAGUCUGCACCUACAAACUUACUCAUCAAAUUAUUAUAGGUGGUGAUCUUAAUGAAGAUAUCAUAAAUGGUCCAUCCUCACAAAGAAAGGCCUCUUUUACUGAAUUUAUGGAAGAUCAUUCUUUAGAAACAAAAUUUACUGGCAGCACAUUUAUACACUCUAAUGGCCAUGAUACCACAGCUAUUGACUAUUUUCUAUACCAGAAUUCAUAUAAACAUUCUGUUCUUGAAAUCAAGAAACUAGACAUAGAUGCUAAUGUCUCAGACCAUUAUCCAAUUAAAAUGGUCCUUCAACAUCGUCGUUAUUUAAUUCAGCAAAAAUCGCUGAAUGAUUUUUUAAAACCAAAGAUUAACUGGGAUAGAAUUGAUAAGGAAAAAUAUGAAAACAACAUCAACUCCAAACUUUCAAAUAAGAACUCAGAAAUUAAAUCUGUUGAAGACAUAACCAAUGCAUUUACUCAACUCAAUGAAAUCAUUAAACAGUCUACUCAAGCUCUGAUCCCAACUAGAAAAAUUGGCAGGAAAAGACCAAAACUGCAAGUCAUGAAUGAAGAAAUCAAAGUCGCCCUCAAAAACAAAAAGAUUGCAUUUUUUAAAUGGAAAAUUAAUGGUAGACCGAAAGAGACUGAUAAUUUAUAUUUGAAAAAUAAAAAACAAACAACACAUGCUUUAAGAAAAGAAUGUAGACUGGAAGUUGCUAAAAGAAGGCUAUGUGAACGUCAAAAAUUGGUUAAUGCUAAAACAGCGGAUCGUAAAAUGUUCCACAAGAUUAUUAGAAAUCAAAGAGGAAAAUUAUCAAAGUUUAUUGACCAGUUAAAUGUUGAUGAUGAAAUAUUUUAUAAUGAAGAUAUAAUAGAAGGCUGGAGUACACAUUUCCAUCAACUGGCAAAGAAAAUACCAAAUCCAAAUUAUGACAAUGAAUAUCUUGAGUUGAUUGAAAAUGAAGCUAAAAUUAUAAUAGACAUUUGCAAAGAGCGUUUCAAACAUUGCCCAAUAACAAACAAAGAAAUGGAAAAAGCAAUAUCUGAUUUAAAUAGAAAUAAAGCAGUUGACUACUUUGGCAUUAAUGCAGAAAACAUCAUACAUGGUGGAAAACAACUUCAACAAUAUUUACAAUUACUUUUUGAUAAAUCAUUUGAAUUUGGAUGCAUAUCUGACAUUCUCAAAAUUGGAAUAUUGUUCCCAGUAUAUAAGAAUAAGGGUGAUAUUAAAAGUUCUAAAAACUACCGUGGUAUUACCGUAACUCCAACAUACUCCAAGCUUAUAGAGAAAAUAAUCAAGAUAAGGGAGAAUCCAGUUAUCCUGAAAAAUCAGAAUCCACUCCAAAGAGGAUUUACAGAAAACACCACCCCGCUAUUAUGUGAACUUAUGAUUGAAGAGUUUGAACGUGAGAGCAAAGAUUUAAAACUUCCAACAUAUAUAGCCCUUUUAGAUGGUAAAUCUGCAUUUGAUGUAGUUGUUCAUUCAAAUUUAAUACGGAGAUUAUAUCAAGCUGGUAUUUCAGACCAAUCUAUUAUAUUAAUAGAUAGCUUAUAUAAAAAUGCGACUUCAUGCGUUAAAUGGAGAAACAACACUUCACAGAUGUUUGAGAUAGAACAGGGUGUACGACAGGGUGGAGCCAUUAGCGCUGAUUUAUAUAAACUAUAUGUUAAUCCGCUAUUAAAUAUUCUAAGUGGAACAGGACUGGGUGGACAUAUAGGUGACAUUGGAUGCUGUGCCCCAACUUGUGCUGAUGAUGUAGCCAUAAUUUCAAACAACCCUAUGGAACUUCAAAUGUUGAUAGAUAUUGCUGCCAACUUCAGUAAGAGAGAGGGCUACACGUUGCAACCAACAAAAAGUGUAGUCAUACCAAUAAGUACCACUACUAAAUCUAUUGAAAUUGAUGAAAACUUCUGGAACAUCAAUAAAAAUCAGAUGCCAGUUGUAGAACAUUCCACACACAUUGGAAUACAAAAAUGUCAAAAAAAUUCUGCAAAACUUACUGCUGAGGAGAACAUGAAAAAAGCGAGACGAUCACUCUAUAGUCUUAUGGGUACAGGUCUACAUGGAAAGAAUGGUUUGGAUCCUGAAACAGCUAUAACGAUCCUAUAUACUUAUGUCAUGCCUAUUUUAACCUAUGGCCUUGAAAUCUUACUUCCAUCUGGCCGAAUUUUGGAUUCUAUACAUCAAUUCCAUAAGAAAAUGAUAAAACAAAUACUGUCAUUAACCAAAAAUACAGCUGAUCCUGCGGUAUAUAUUUUAAGUGGAUCUCUACCUAUGGAGGCUGAACUACACCUCAAAGCAUUAUCUCUAUAUGGAAAUAUUACAAGAGCAGAUAGAUCUACCAUUGAAUGGAGACUAGCAGAAAGACAAUUACAUUUAAAGACAAACCAAAAAAAUAUACAGAUACAGAUACAGAUGACGACAAAUCCAGAGAAAACCGAAAACCGGAAGUUAUAUUUCAGAAAUUAUCAGAAGUCUGAAACGAGUUAG